AUGUCUGCGCUCGGUUCCUCUACUGGGAUUACAAUCUCACCCAACGACGGCGACAGCUCUGCAGAUGACGAGUACCAGGAUGCGCUGCGCCAGCAUGGGCUCGUUCUGAACGAGGCCGGUUUCGUCCGCUGGGAGAAUAGCAACCCUAAGCACCCGAGAAACUGGAAUGCGAAGCUUAAGACCUACGGCACCAUCGUGAUUCUGCUGCUGGAAUUCAUCACCAGCGCCGUCGGCACGGCGGGCACUGCAGCCGCGCAGGAGAUGCGGAACGACUUUUCUGUCGGCCUCGGCCUGUCCAUCUUCUGUCUCACGUCGACAUACAUGAUCGGUCAGGGGAUUGGCGGUGUGUUUUUCCCGCCGUACUCGGAGAUCUGUGGCCGCAAGACCCUGUACAUCGGGUCGACCAUAGUGUAUUGUGUCUUCUCGAUCAUCACGGCGGCCGUCCACGCGCUUCCGGCCAUCAUCAUUGCACGGUUUCUGUCCGGGCUGGCCUCGGCAGUGCCCACGAUCGUGGUGGCGGGGAGUAUGGAGGACAUGUACAAUAUGAAGGCACGGGUGUGGAUGAUCUUCGUGUGGGCGGUGAUUGGGAACGCGGCUGUUUGUGUCGGUCCUAUCUACAGUGCCUACGUCACCCAGAACAUGGGAUGGUGA